CUGCGGCGCUGCAGUGGUGUGUCACGGUUGUCUUUUUUUUUGUCUCUCUCGUUGCUUUCGAACGAGGGGGACUAUAUCGAUUUUUGCCCCCCCCCCCCUGCUUUGGUCCUAAGAAUUCCACUCCCGGCCUGUCAAUCAUUUUUCUCCCACCGCUGCGGUCCAGUCAAGUUGCCGGACAUGGACGAAGCCCAGUGAGGGAGCUCCACACGCCGACGUGAUUCGGACACGGAUCCCCGCCGAAGCGACAACAGCCGAACAUGUUUAUCCCCGUUUCCAUGGUAACCCAGAGGAGCAUGCCUGUCCCAGUGAGGAGUUAAGCUGCGAAACUACAGUGCCCUUAAAUACCCAUCCAUUGACACGCCCCCCUCUUGGGACUUUUUUUUUGGACAUUGGAGAGACGCUAACGGAGGAUUACCGACAUGGCCAACAACACAGCGGAUCACCCUCCGGGGAACUCGGUUGCCGAUGGCAACCACGAUGGCGACUUCGGCGUGACGGUGAGCGACCUGCGAGGACUCAUGGAACUACGCAGCGGUGAGGCCGUCAACAAGAUACGAGACGACUACGGCGACGUGCAGGGCAUCUGCAGACGCCUCAAAACAUCCCCCAUCGAAGGUCUCUCCGGGAACCCCGUUGACCUGGAGAAGCGACACGCGGCAUUCGGGAAGAACUUCAUCCCUCCCAAGAAGGCCAAAACCUUCCUGCAGCUGGUGUGGGAAGCCCUGCAAGACGUCACGCUCAUCAUCCUGGAGAUUGCCGCCAUCAUCUCGCUGGGCUUGUCCUUCUAUCACCUGGAAGGCGGAGACAGCGAAGCUUGCGGCCAGGCAUCGGGCGGCGUGGAGGACGAGGGUGAGGCGCAGGCGGGCUGGAUCGAGGGCGCGGCCAUCUUGUUCUCGGUCAUCAUCGUGGUGCUGGUGACGGCCUUCAACGAUUGGUCCAAAGAGAAGCAAUUCCGAGGCCUCCAGAGUCGCAUCGAGCAGGAGCAGAAGUUCACCGUCAUCCGCAAGGGACAAGUCAUACAGAUCCCCGUGGCCGAGAUGGUGGUGGGGGACAUCGCUCAGAUCAAAUACGGCGAUCUCCUGCCAGCUGACGGCAUUUUGAUCCAAGGCAACGAUCUGAAGAUUGACGAGAGCUCCCUCACCGGAGAGUCUGAUCACGUUCGCAAGUCUCUGGAGAAAGAUCCGAUGCUGCUGUCGGGGACACACGUGAUGGAGGGCUCGGGCCGGAUGGUGGUGUCGGCCGUGGGUCUGAACUCUCAGACGGGAAUCAUCUUCACGCUGCUCGGUGCCAGCGAGAACGACGAGGAGAAGAAGGCCAAGAAAAGUAAAAAACAAGGACCCCCCGAAAAUCGCAACAAAGCCAAAACCCAGGAUGGCAUCGCGUUGGAGAUCCAGCCGCUUAAGAGCGAGGAGGCGGCCGAGUCGGAGGAGAAGGAGGAGGCCAAGCCGGUCAAGAAGGUAAUCGUGCCCAAGAAGGAGAAGUCGGUGCUGCAGGGGAAGCUGACCAGACUGGCUGUGCAAAUCGGGAAGGCCGGCCUGAUCAUGUCGGCGGUGACGGUAAUCAUCCUGAUCUUGUACUUCGUCAUCGACACAUUCGGCAUCCAGGGCCGCUCGUGGACGUCUGAGUGCACGCCCAUCUACAUCCAGUACUUUGUCAAGUUCUUCAUCAUCGGCGUCACCGUCCUGGUGGUGGCCGUCCCUGAGGGCCUGCCCCUGGCCGUCACCAUUGCGCUCGCCUACUCUGUCAAGAAAAUGAUGAAGGACAACAACCUGGUGCGCCACUUGGACGCGUGCGAGACGAUGGGCAACGCCACGGCCAUCUGCUCAGACAAAACGGGCACCCUGACCAUGAACCGCAUGACCGUGGUGCAGGCCUACGUGGGAGACACUCAUCACAAGACCGUUCCCGAACCCGCCGCCAUCAAGCCCGACACCCUGGAGGUCCUGGUCAACAGCAUCUCCAUCAACUCGGCCUACACGACCAAGAUCCUGCCUCCAGAGAAGGAGGGCGGCCUCCCUCGCCAUGUGGGCAACAAGACUGAGUGCGCCCUCCUGGGUCUGGUUCUGGAUCUGAAGCGGGACUACCAGCCCAUCAGAGACGAAGUCCCAGAGGAGAAGAUGUACAAAGUGUACACCUUCAACUCCUCGCGCAAAUCCAUGAGCACCGUCAUCAGGAACGCCAGCGGAGGAUUCCGCAUGUACAGCAAAGGGGCGUCCGAGAUCAUCCUCAGGAAGUGCUCACGUAUCCUGGGCUCGGACGGUCACCUGCGCGUGUUCAAGCCCAAAGAUCGCGACGAGAUGGUGCGCAAGGUGAUCGAGCCGAUGGCCUGCGACGGCCUGCGCACCAUCUGCUUGGCCUUUCGCGACUUCCCGGCCGAGGGCGGCGAGCCCAACUGGGACGCGGAGAACGAAAUCGUCAACGACCUCACCUGCAUCGCCGUGGUCGGCAUCGAGGACCCCGUCAGGCCUGAGGUCCCUGAAGCCAUCGCAAAGUGCCAGCGUGCGGGUAUCACGGUUCGCAUGGUGACGGGCGACAACAUCAACACGGCGCGGGCCAUCGCCACCAAGUGUGGAAUCCUGCUGCCCAACGAGGACUUCCUGUGUCUGGAGGGCAAAGAGUUCAACCAGCAGAUCCGGAACGACAAGGGCGAGGUCGAACAAGAGCGUCUGGACAAAGUUUGGCCCAAAUUGCGAGUUCUUGCCCGUUCGUCGCCAACCGACAAACACACACUGGUCAAAGGUAUCAUUGACAGCACGGUGGGCGAGACCCGGCAGGUGGUGGCGGUGACGGGAGAUGGAACCAACGACGGGCCCGCGCUCAAGAAAGCAGACGUCGGAUUCGCCAUGGGCAUCGCCGGUACGGACGUGGCCAAGGAGGCGUCGGACAUCAUCUUGACGGACGACAACUUCACCAGCAUCGUGAAGGCGGUCAUGUGGGGAAGGAACGUCUACGACAGCAUUUCCAAGUUUCUGCAGUUCCAGCUCACCGUCAACGUGGUCGCCGUCAUCGUGGCCUUCACCGGCGCCUGCAUUACACAGGAUUCACCGCUAAAGGCGGUGCAGAUGCUGUGGGUGAACCUGAUCAUGGACACGUUGGCGUCGUUGGCCUUGGCCACCGAGCCGCCCACCGAGUCGCUGCUCCUGCGCAGGCCCUACGGACGUGACAAGCCGCUUAUCUCACGCACCAUGAUGAAGAACAUCCUGGGGCACGCCGUCUACCAACUUGUCAUCAUCUUCACCCUGCUCUUCGCCGGCGAGAAACUGUUCGACAUGGACAGCGGUCGCAACGCUCCGCUGCACUCUCCUCCGUCCGAGCACUACACCAUCGUCUUCAACGUCUUCGUCAUGAUGCAGCUCUUCAACGAGAUCAACGCUCGCAAGAUCCACGGCGAGCGCAAUGUCUUUGAGGGCGUCUACCGCAACCCCAUCUUCUGCAGUGUCGUUCUCGGAACCUUCGCCCUGCAGAUCGUCAUCGUCCAAUUUGGCGGCAAGCCCUUCUCAUGCACAGCGCUGACCAUCGACCAAUGGCUGUGGUGCGUCUUCAUCGGCGUGGGCGAGCUACUGUGGGGGCAGCUGAUCUCGUCGGUGCCCACGCACCGCCUGAAGUUCCUGAAAGAGGCGGGUCACGGCACCAAAAAGGAGGAGAUCCACGAGGAGGAGAUGACGGCCGACGCCGAUGAGAUCGACCACGCCGAGAUGGAGCUCAGGCGGGGACAGAUCCUCUGGUUCCGCGGCCUCAACCGCAUUCAGACGCAGAUGGACGUGGUGUACACCUUCCAGACGGGCCAGGCGGCGGUGCCCGGUGCCCUGCGCCGGCAGCCCUCGGUGGUCAGCCAGCACAAUGACGGCAUUAAGGUGGUGAACGCGUUCCGGAGCUCGUUGUACGAAGGUCUUGAGAGUCCGGCGUCGCGUAGCUCCAUUCACAGCUUCAUGGCCCAUCCAGAGUUUGUCCCGCUCUCCGAGGAGGAAGCUCGCAUCCCGCCCAUUGAGGAGUCAGGAGACGAGAUUCAAACCCACCCGGGAACCUCCUCGUCCUCGUCCUCCUCUGUUAUGCCGGGAGAUGCCGCCUCGUCAACCGCUUAAGCUUCCUCCUACUCCUCUUUCCUCGUCAUCGUCACCAUUGUCUCACUCUGACACCAUCGUCUUUUUUUUUUCCCCUUUCUCACUUAGUGGCACAAUUCCCGCCACACACGUCACCGUUGUUUUAUUUUAGCAGCGGAAAUAUGUCAUGAACAGCUUUUGUGGUUUGUUAGCAGCAUGUGGCUAACCACAAAAAAAAAAACAAUGUUAGCAUGUGGCUAACAAUAUCAAGUCAAACACUCAUUCCUGACCUUUUUUUUUUUUUUUUUUUUCCUGUGAAUAUUCCAGUCAGACGUUUUUCACUGUUAACGGUUUUUAGCAUGUGGCUAAAACCAAGUUGUGAGCAUCAGGCUAACAAGUCAAAACCUCAUUGCUGACAUUCUUUAGCAGCAAAAAUCCUCCAUCAGUUGUUUUUAUCGUAAGUGGGGUUCUCAGCUUGCGGCUAACAACAAGUCAAGAAAAUUCCUUGUCAAUUCUGUGACACAUAUGGAAGAAUUCUUCGUAGUUUAUUGUUAGCGAAAAAUAAGUCAAAAACUAAUUCCUGACAUUUUUUUCAGCAGCAAAAAUUCCUCAUCAGCAGUUUUUCGAUGUUAUGGGGCUGUUAGCUCGUGGCUAAAAACAAAAGGUUGUUAGCAUGUGCCUAAAAAAAUUAAGUAAAGAAAUUUCCUCAACAUUCCGCAAACACGUUUGGAAGAAUUCCUCGCCAUGGGUUGUUAGCUAAGUCAAAAACUCAUGGCGCAACACACGAGCGGCAAAAUUCCCACCAUUUUUGUAACUGUUAAAAUUACUUGUUAGCUGUGUUUUAGCAUUAGCAGGUCGUUAGCAUGUGGAUUAAAACAACAAUAGCAAAAAGUCAAAACACUAAUCCCACCACUCAGAGUUCUCGCCAACCUUUUUUAGCAAUGAAAACUCCUUGUGAGCUGCUUUAGCGGGUUGUCAGCAGCAUGUCGGUAUAACAACAAAAACAAUGAAAAAAACCAGCACUGUACUUGACCAUCAAAAAAAACACAAAAAAAAAAACAAGUGCAGUGAUCGUGUACAUAUGCUUCCGCUAAAGGCUAACGGAGAUUAUUGAUUUUUUUUUUUCAGGCAUUUAGAUUUUUGUUCUUCUCUGUUCACUCUAUAACGAAUGUUCUUUGUUGUGAGUGUCACACUACUGCAGUCUUCAAAGAAAACAGUUUUCCUUGUUAGCGUCUCUUUUUCUUUUUCUGUUUGCAUGUUGAAAGACAGAAUGUUUACACUGAAAAUGAUGGUGGACGAUCAAAUAGGAAAAUGGCAGCAGGGAUGGGUGAGGGCCGCUGGGGUUAUUAGUGGGCGGGAGGGGGGGGGGAGGGGGGGGGAAGGGGCGUGCAUGAUGUGUUUUAUCAGUGUUGCAUUGCAUGCUAACUCGGUAAUGAAUGUUUGGGAAUUCUGGUUCAGUGCUCGCCGACUUGUCCACUUUCUGUCUGCAGGAAGUAGCUGUUGACAUGAGCUAGCGUGCUAGCAUGGCUGUUAGCGGCUGUAAUGUAAUCAUCAAUGGGCUAGUUGCUACCGAUCAAACUCAUUUCAGCACGCUACCAUGCUUGUUUAAAAUCAAAUAUAUUAGCAUGCUAGCUAAACGUUUUAUUGUCAUCAAGCGUGUUAGCAUAAUAAUUUUAAAUUGAGUAAUAAAGUCAAACAGGUUAGCAUGCUAGUUAAGUCAACAACCAUGUUAGUGACACUGAGCUGUUUUGAAUUCAAAACACAACAGCAUGCUAGUUUUAGGGCACUGAACACACUAGGUUAAAGCCAGACAUUUUAGCAUGCUAGUUUAGAGUCAUCAAAACAUGUCAGCGCGUUAGUUUAAGUCAAACACAUUCGUGACAUUGGGCGAGUUUCUUGUCAAACAUAUUGCCUUGCUAGUUUAAAAGUCAACACGGUAGCAACAUUACACUAGUUUAAAGUCACACAUCUAAGCAUGCGAGUUUAAAAUCAAUUAAGUUAGCAACAUCUCGUUAGAUUAAGUCAUGAGACAAGUAAGCUUGCCCUUUUCACUCGUCAGAUAAUUUAGCAAUUGCGCUUGUUUUAAAUCAAGGUUUCAGCAUCUUUGUUUUAGUCUGACAUCUUAGCUCACUGGUUAUAUAUAUUUUUUUCCACUGGUCAUUUUAGUGUUGUAGUUAAGAUCCAACUCGUGAGAAUCGUCACACUUUGAAACAUUUUUGCAUGGUAGUUUAAGGUUAUCAUUAAAGUCAAACCUGAUAGUACCAUUAGCUAGUUGAAAGCAUCAAACUUUUUCGCAUGCUAGUUUUAUGUGUAACAUUCUUGACAUUGUGCUACUUUUUUUUUGGUUUAAACGUGAACAUAUUAGCCUACUAGUUUAACCUGACCAAUAUCGCGCUGGUUCGAAGUUAAACACAUUAGUCACAUCACGUUGGUUGAAAGCCAUCAAACAUGUUAGCACGCUAAUUUAACGUCAGAUGUGUUGGUGACCUGAUGCUGUUUCAGUCAAACGUUGAGCGGCAUUGUGCUCCUUCAAAGUUGAACACGUUAGCCUGCUAGUUUGAAGUCACAUUUGCGACAACAUGCUAGUUCACAGUCGAACACGUUAGACACAUCUCGCUAUUUGAAAGCCAUCAAGCGCGCUAGUCAGUGAAAAUCAAAGCUUCCUGCCAGCUGACAGCAAGUUGGCGUUUCUGUGAACACGGUCAGCCAUCAUUGUAUGUUAAAAGACAAACUGUUUUGUGUCGUCUUUAUCCCCUCCCUGGUCUUUCAAACUCAGUGGACAUAAACUCAAGUUGGCCGUGGAGAGAAGGAAUCCUGCCAUGUUUGUGUCUGAGGCGACUACCCCUUUGUUUUUCUCUAUGUAAUACAGAGCCAUAGUCACUAGAGCCUGGUGUUUUUUGGAGAGGGGGUUUGGGUGGGGGGGGACUUUCAGCCCGAAAAAAAAAAAAAAAACAACCUCGGCCGUCACUGCCGCCAGAAUCUCCAAGGAGCUGUAUGAUGUUUACAUGAAGAGAUUCCCGCUCAUUUUGCCCCCACUUCCUGCUUGACGGCAAUGCGGGGAGUCUCUCUCUUUGCAUGCGUUUCAUAUCAAAAUGUGUUGCUCAUUUUUUUAUGACUUUUGUGUAUUUUUAUAUUCACAACUUUUUAAUAUUUUGGAGGAUAUGUACGUCAUCAGUGACUCUCCAUCCAUGACGUCUGUGUUUGUUUGCCCCGCCCUCUCACGUUCUCUUUGAUGUUGCUGCCACGCGUGUGUUGCCACGGUUACAACACUCACAUACCCACGUAAGUGACUUGUUUACUUCCUGCUCGGUCGGAAUGCCGAAGUUCCGAUUGGCCGCUGUCCUGCCUCAGGAGCCGACCAGAAGUCCCUUUUUCCUAUUGAUGCCAAACCGCAUUGCCGGGCACCAAGCGUGUUCUAAACAUCACCUUGACGACAGCAUCUCGUGGAUCUCCGCACAACGCGAUGGCGACAGCAUCUCUCCAAUAUACAAACUUUGUGCCACGGUGACAAGUGUGUCUUAAACAGCAUCACCAUGGCAACAAGAACAUCUUGACAGUGUCACAAGGGCAACAUGAGCAUCACCAUGUCGAUGGUGUCAUUGGGAUCUCCGAGAGCAUCGCCAUGGCAAUGGAAGCAUCUUAACCAGCACCGCAAUGUUGAACAUAAGAAUCUUCAAGCAGUUCCUUGGUGACGGCAACUUCCAAACAUCUCCAUGGCAACGGAAGCGUUUUACAGCCUCCUAAAACAUCACCAUGGCGACACCAUCUUGAUGAGCUUGAAACGGUCUCUCCACGGCAACCGAAGGAUCUUGCCAACCUCCCAACAUCACCAUGUCGACAGCAUUUCGAGGAACACCAAAUAGCCUUGCCACAGCAACAGAAACAUCUUGCCAACUUCCAAACAUUGCCAGCGACUUGAGAAACGCCAAACUGUGUCGCCAACGCAACAGGAGGAGCAUCUCACCAAACGGGAUCUCUGUGGCAAUGAGCAUCUUCAAAAAUCUAGCUGAUCUCCAAACAAUUUGCCAUGGCGACUGCAUCUUUCCAAACUCUCGACUCAUGUCAAAGGGGUCGGACCCUGCGGCGGGACAACUUCUUGGCGGCCAUUUUACAUGGACGACGAAUCCAGUGUGUGUGUGUUUUUUUCUGACCUGAUCAUCAGUCCUCCCUGCAGGAGGUACUAUGUAAAUACCACAUCAAAAUCGUGAUCAUCAUGACCUGGCAUAGCUUUAAAAAAAAAAAAAAAAAAUCCUGCCAAAGUACUGAUACCCACCUUUUUUUUUUCCCUUCUUCCCCCACCGCCCGCCAUACCAAACAAGGGCCCCCAUCGUGUUGGACUUGCUUGCCUCUUUAAAAAAAAAAAAAAUCUGAAUGUGACUGGAAAAUUCCAUGAACAUGAUUGAUUUAUCCGCAUCCAGCACAGAAAAGAAACCUGCCUUUUCUCUGGAAAAAAAAUAACUUUUCUAUGUCACAUCCAUAUAUUUAUAUCUAGUAUGUGUGUCUAUACAUAUAUAUAUAGAUAUAUAUAUACAUAUAUAUAUUAGAUGUAAAUAUAUAGAUACAUUCUCAGUCGAUGGCAAAAAAGACUUGUUUUCCGUGCUAAUGAUGCUACUGAUGAUGAUCUAAUUAGGUGCGUGAUGGUAGGUGUUAUUUUAUUAUGAUUUUUUUUUUUAUAAACAGCAUAAUCAUCUGUGUGGCAUGCAUGACGUAUAAUAUUACCUACCCAUAAUUUUUCCGUGUUUCUAAAAAGCAAUAUGUCCGACCUGGUGCGAUUGGCUGCGUCGUGUUCCAUGUCACCUUGAGCCACUACUUGAUCCCGCCACCACACACAAAACACACACACACACACACACACACACACACGGAAAAAA